GUUCCAUGAUGUAAUGGAUUUGUGAAACAACAUUAAAACAAAAAAGAAAGCUAGAAAAAUGCAAGUAGGGUUUGUAAACUAUUAAUUUCUUUUCCUCUCUCUUCUUCCUCCUUUCCUACACUCUGAUCCCUGUCAUAAUAUUUUUACAAACUCUGAGAAUAAAAAAAGUUUAAGUUUAUUCUCAGGAAGGUGCAAAAGAUUACUAAAGCACAAACUAUUACUCUUUUAUAUAGUUUCAGCAGUUUUAACAUUUGAAAAUGCGCAUAGCCUUAAGUUAAAAAAAAUCUAGUUGGUGUUUCAAUUUUGUAUAUAUCACUUUGAUAAUAAAAUCAUUUCUUUUGGCCAAAUAAAGAAAAAACAAAGUUUCAUGUUUAUAAAACAAUUGCCAAGCUACAGAUACAACAUAUAUCUUCUCUUUAUCCCUCUCUCUACUCUUCCUCUCAUCUCUUCCUAAGUCUCAUUAAGGAACUCAUGCCAAGAAACCACUUUAUCCAGGGAAUGUGGCCACAUACCCCAAGAAAUAGCAAUUGAUCUACAAAUGCUGACAGUGAGAUACGAGCUCUGGAAAAUGAAUUGGCCAAACUGGAAACAGUAUGUUGAAUACCUGGAAGGAUUUUUCCUCUGAAAUUCUAGGAUUUCUUUUUUUCUUUUUCUUUAGACAGGGUCUCCCUCUGUCACUCAAGCUGGAGUGCAGUGGUGCUGUCUCAGCUCACUGCAGUUUCUGCCUCCAGGGCCCAGGUGAUCCUACCACCUCAGCCUCCUGAGUAGCUGGGACUACAAGCAUGUGUCACCAUGUCCAGCUAUUUGAUUUUUUUUUUUUUUUGGUAGAGACAGAGUUUCACUGUAUUGCCCAGGCUGGUCUCGAACGCCUCAGCUCAAGAGAUUCUCCUGCCUGGAAAUAACUUAUUUUAUACUUAAAGCAAAGCUGAAAGCAAGGGCUCCUAGCCCAAGAUGGCUAGCGGGAAGGAAGCAGCAGCUGCGCAGUUGGGGCGGGGCCCAAUUCCUUCCCUGGCCGCCAGAGGGAGUCUACCCACAGCUGCCUCUCUGCUCACCUCAAGUGUGCCAGGUCGCGCAGGCGCAGAGGCGCCAGACGUCGCUGCGUCUCUGGUUGGGUCGUCUUGAAAGAGUCGUCACAUCCUCCUCAGGACUCUGGUUCCCGCGAGGGACGAGGGGCAACGUAUAUAAAUGCGCGCAGGUGCAGUUCAGGGAGCGCACUUCCACUUCGACCCACCGCCGACGUUCCUGUGUUGCCAUGGGCCGCCGUCCAGCUCGUUGUUACCGGUAUUGUAAGAACAAGCCAUACCCAAAAUCUCGUUUCUGCCGAGGGGUUCCUGAUGCCAAGAUCCGCAUCUUUGACCUGGGUCGAAAGAAGGCGAAAGUGGAUGAGUUCCCACUCUGUGGCCACAUGGUAUCUGAUGAACAUGAGCAGCUGUCUUCUGAAGCCCUGGAGGCCGCCCGUAUUUGUGCCAACAAGUACAUGGUGAAAAGUUGUGGCAGAGAUGGCUUUCACAUGCGAGUGCGGCUCCAUCCCUUCCAUGUCAUCCGCAUCAACAAGAUGUUGUCCUGUGCUGGGGCUGACAGGCUCCAGACAGGUAUGCGAGGUGCCUUUGGAAAACCCCUGGGUACUGUGGCCCGGGUCCACAUUGGUCAAGUCAUCAUGUCCAUCCGCACCAAGCUUCAGAACAAGGAGCAUGUGUUUGAAGCCUUGCGCAGGGCCAAGUUCAAGUUCCCUGGACGCCAGAAGAUUCAUAUCUCCAAGAAGUGGGGCUUCACGAAGUUUAAUGCUAACGAAUUUGAAGACAUGGUGGCCAAGAAGCGCCUCAUCCCUGACGGUUGUGGAGUCAAGUAUGUUACCAGUCACGGCCCCUUGGACAAGUGGCGGGUUCUGCACUCGUGAAGGCUUUGGCAGUACUGUCUCCUUGGGCCAUGCCAGUCUGACUUAUGCUUACUAAUAAAUUCUGUUUACUGGCAAAAAAUAACUACUUAUUAACUUUUAAUGUUUUUUUAAAUAUCCAGUGUUUUAGAAUAUAGACUACUAGAGAAUUUUUUUUCUGUUUAUGCAGUUUUAAUGGCAAAUGUUACCUUCCUUGCUUCAGUAAAUCUAUACAAUUUAUAGAGAAAGCUGUUUUAAUCAGACACUUUAAAUUUAGGAAAGUAUAGAGCAAUAUGUUGAAAGUUUUGUUUGUAGUAAAGUCAUAAGUUAUGCAGCUGUCAUUCCUUGAAUACAAAAUAGAUUUGAGUGAAAAAAUUUAUUGUUUAUAGAAUAUAAACUAAACAGUAGUGAUGAAAAUAAUAGGCAUUAGUGAUAUUUCUACCACAGCCUCUUUGGAAGUAAUUUAUUUCUAAACUUGGUUGCCUUAUGUUUUUCUAUAAAUUUCUGUAAAUUGUUUUUAGAAUUACCUUACACGUCUGAUUAUCACCCUUAGGAUAAUUGAGUAUCACUCAAAAAGGCUUUUUCCAGACGAACUUUACAUUGUCUCACAGUCAAGAGAUAACAGUCUAAUCUUUUAUUCAUCAUAGAAAGGUCAUAGGUGACAACACAGUUCAUAUUACUUGUAUCUGGGCUCCAGUAGAACCAAAAGAAGAGAGAAAAUGACACUAAAUUGGUUAUCUGUACUCUAAAAGGACCCUAGACAGAGUUUGCAAUUGUAGGUGCUUGCCCUGAAUUAGAGUUGCAUUGAUCACACAGGUGCUUUUUGUUUUAUGUUUGAAACUGCAUAAGCAAAAAUUCCUGAGUUUGUACUGAAUUAAAAAAAUUCCUGUUCUUUACAAUUGA